AUGACGACGCUAUAGUCAUCAUAAAAUUACUCUUCUCAGCUGAAAGUUCUGCCAAAGUCAUCAGCCUAACCCUAUAAUUCUGGAGUAACAUCCUAAUAUGAAUAUGAGUCACUGGUUUAAUCACAGUUAUCACCUCAAUUGACACAAGGUAUUAGGACUGAUCAUGAUUAAGGUAAAUUGAACCUCUAAGAUCUUUACCUUAAGGAUUUCCAAGUCAACAGGCGUAAGAGAUUAGAACUUGAUAAUAAGAAUGCUUAAUCAAUGUUGAAAGAAAUGAUUCUUACCAGGUCAUAAUCUUAGUAAACUCUUUUCAGAAAACAUCAGGGUGUCUAUGAUAGAAAGAUACCUGGCUUGAAGUAGUUUAUCGCUAAGGAAUACAGCUCUUAAUCCAAGGCAAAGCCAUCCACUCUCGAUGAUUAUGGUCUUAAUGGCAGUAGCUUAGGUAUGUUUAACAGUGCAUCCACGAGUAAGCUUGAUACUUAGCAUCAAACUAAUCACAAGCCUAAAAUUAAAAAAUAACCAAAGUAGCUUGAAACUGUUUAUGAUGAAUGGAAUAUGCGUUGUAAACUGAUUCAAAAGCUUAGUGAUAUUUAGCAACAGCAAAAAUACUUCUAUGGCAAACUUGAAGAUCACUAUGAAGCUGAAGAGGAACUAAAGACAAAGAAGUACUUUAAUCACAAGGUCAGGGAUAAAUUGGAGGGAUAGUAUAAUGAUCUCCCUGUGAGUUUGGUUGCUUUGCAAUAUAAUAGACAGUUCAUAAUGGACUAGAUGAUCAAUAGGAAAGGGUAUUUUAGUUCUAAUCCUAAAGAAAAGAUUCUAGCUGAUAAGCCCAGUAGAUUGUUGUUAGAUCCAAAGUUUAUGAGUUAGAGAAUUAAAGACAAGGAUGGGUAGCAGUUGAAUUAAUAGGACAUGGACAAAGAAUAAAUAGCCACUUAGAAAGAGAGAAAUUUUUUGAGAAUUUUAAGGAGAGAAAGCGUUAAUAAAUUCAAAAAUGAGUUUUUAGAGGGAGAACUCAAGUAAAUAAAGACUAAAUAGGCGAAAAGGAUGCAAAGUCGUAGUUAGUUCGAUAACGCUGCUUCUUUGUACAGGUUUUUGCCCAAAGACAAGCGAAAGAAGGUCAAGAGUCACAUUAAGAUAGUGAUUGAUCCAAAGGAACGGAAGAAAGAGAUGGAGCAAUGUCUGGAGCAGUGCAUCAAUGGCACAGAAGAAAGUGAGGCCUAGGAGGACAUUAUAGACAGAAUAAUGAACAACAAUCAGUAUAGCAACUUCGUUACAAAUUAAACCAGCAAAAUGGCUGCAACUAGUGCUCAAAAUUCUUCUAACAAGAAGAAGCUUUGA